CCUCCCCGCGGGGCGGCCGGACCUGCUCCGAGCCUCCCGCCCCGGCCAUGGGCUCCCUGGGGCGCUGCCUGGCGCGGGGGCUGCUGCGGGGUCAGCCGGGUAUCCGCCUCCCCUUCGGGUCGCUGCGCUGCUACGGCUCCGUCCCCCCAGAGCUGCGGGAGCAGACGCUGGUGUUGGUGAAGCCGGACGCGGUGCAGCGGCGGUUGGUGGGCGAUGUCAUCGGGCGCUUCGAGCGGCGCGGCUUCAAGCUGGUGGCCAUGAAGCUGCUGCAGGCGGAUCGGGGCCUCCUGGACCGCCACUACCAGCACCUACAGCAGAAGCCCUUCUACCCUGCGCUCCUAGCCUACAUGACAUCGGGGCCGCUGGUGGCCAUGGUGUGGGAGGGCUACAACGUGGUGCGCUCCACACGUGCCAUGGUGGGGGACACGGAUUCAGCACAGGCAGCGGCAGGGACCAUCCGGGGGGACCUCAGCAUGCACGUCAGCAGGAACGUGGUGCAUGCCAGCGACUCUGUGGAGACGGCAACGCGGGAGAUUGGCUUCUGGUUCCAACAGAAUGAGCUGGUGGCCUGGGAGAGCGGAGACAGCCAGUACACCUAUGGGCCAUGAGGGCACUGAGACCCCCGUGCUAUUAAACACUGCAUCUUCCGUGC